AUGGGAGUUCCUCGAGGGUGGUUGAGCGCCCCCCGGUGGCCGUUGCUGGUACAGCUGCUCUGCAGCGCCCCCUGGUGCCUGGGCCGGCCGUUCGGGCCGGCGGCGCCGGCGCCCACCGUGAACGUGGCGGUGGUGUUCAGCGGCUCGGCCUACCAGACGGAGAUCAAGGGCCGGCUGAGCCGCGAGAACUUCCUGGACCUGCCGCUGGAGGUGAACCCCAUCACGGUGCUGGUGAACAACACCAACCCGCGCACGCUGCUCACGCGCAUCUGCGACACGCUGGCCGCCAGCCGCGUGCAGGGCGUGGUCUUCGAGGACAACGUGGGCUCGGAGGCCGUGGCGCAGAUGCUGGACUUCAUCUCCGCGCAGACCGGCGUGCCCAUCGUCGGCAUCAGCGGGGGGUCCGCCGUGGUGCUGCCGUACAAGGGUGAGGGAUCAGCCUUCCUCCAGCUGGGCUCAUCCAUCGAGCAGCAGGUCAACGGCAUGUUCAAAGUGAUGGAGGAGUACAACUGGGACAACUUCGCGGUGGUCACCAGCCUGUACCCCGGCUACGAGGCGUACGUGGACUACAUCCGCUCCUUCGCGGACACCAGCUACUUCCUGUGGGACCUGCAGGACGUGCUGACCUUCGACAUGUCGGAGGGCACCAGCGACAUCCGCGCGCGCAGGGUGCUGCAGCAGAUCGACGCGCAGGUGCUGCUGGUGUACUGCUCGCACGAGGAGGCGCAGUACCUGUUCCGCAUCGCCGCCGACGUGGGCCUGGUGGGGCCCGGCUACAUCUGGAUGCUGCCCAGCAUCGCCGUGGGCAACCCGGACCUGCCGCCGCCCGACAGCUUCCCCGUGGGGCUGAUCGGCAUCAUCACGGCGCGCUGGAAGCUCAGCCUGCGCCGGAGGGUGCGGGACGGCGUGGCCAUCGUGGUGAAGGGGGUGCAGAGCUUCCGCGCGGCCCAGGGGCCCCUGCCCGAGGAGCACGCCGACUGCAAGGGCCCGCCCCGGGCCCCCAGCAACAACACUCUCUUUAGGCACAUGCUGAACGUGUCCUGGGAACACAAGGACUUCUCCUUCAACAGCGACGGUUACCUGAUCAACCCGCCCAUGGUCAUCAUCACCUUGGACCGCGAGCGCCAGUGGGAUAAGGUGGGCGACUACGCGUCGGGGAUCCUGCAGAUGCGCUACCCGGUGUGGCCGCGCUACGGGAGGUACCUGGAGGCGGUGUCGGACAACCGGCACCUGACGGUCGCCACGCUGGAGGAGCGGCCCUUCGUCAUCGUGGAGAGCGUGGACUCCACCACCGGCACCUGCGGCAGCAACACCGUGCCCUGCCGCCGGCAGUCCAACAAGACCGAGCCCAUUGUGGGCCACACUGAGCCGUACACCAAACUGUGCUGCAAGGGCUUCUGCAUCGACAUCCUGAAGAAGCUCUCCCGGAAUAUCAAGUUCUCCUACGACCUCUACCUGGUCACCAACGGAAAACACGGCAAGAAGGUCCGCGGGACCUGGAACGGGAUGAUCGGAGAGGUGGUCUACAAGCGAGCCGACAUGGCCAUCGGAUCGCUGACCAUAAACGAGGAGCGCUCGGAGAUCAUCGACUUCUCCGUCCCGUUUGUGGAGACGGGAAUCAGCGUGAUGGUCGCCAGGAGCAACGGCACCGUCUCCCCCUCUGCCUUUUUGGAGCCCUACAGCCCGGCUGUGUGGGUCAUGAUGUUCGUCAUGUGUCUGACGGUGGUGGCCAUCACCGUCUUUGUGUUCGAGUACUGCAGCCCUGUCGGCUACAACCGCAGCCUCAUCAAUGCCAAAGAUCCGGGAGGCCCCACCUUCACCAUCGGGAAGUCGGUCUGGCUGCUCUGGGGCAUCGUCUUCAACAACUCCGUGCCCAUCGAGAACCCCAAGGGCACCACCAGCAAGAUCAUGGUGCUGGUGUGGGCCUUCUUCGCCGUCAUCUUCCUCGCCAGCUACACCGCCAACCUGGCCGCCUUCAUGAUCCAGGAGCAGUACAUCGACACCGUGUCAGGCCUCAGCGACAAGAAGUUCCAGAAGCCUCAGGAGCAGUACCCGCCCUUCCGGUUCGGCACGGUGCCCAACGGCAGCACGGAGCGGAACAUCCGCAGCAACUACCCGGAGAUGCACUCCCACAUGGUCAAGUACAACCAGAAGGGAGUGGAGGACGCCCUCAACAGCCUCAAAACAGGGAAGCUGGACGCCUUCAUCUACGACGCGGCCGUGCUGAACUACAUGGCAGGGAAGGACGAGGGCUGCAAGCUGGUCACCAUCGGCAGCGGGAAGGUCUUCGCCACCACGGGCUACGGCAUCGCGCUGCAGAAGGAGUCGCCGUGGAAACGGCCCAUCGACCUGGCCCUCCUCCAGUUCCUGGCCGACGGCGAGACUCAGAAGCUGCAGACGGUGUGGUUGACGGGAAUCUGCCGCAACGAGAAGAAGGAGGUGAUGAGCUCCAAGCUGGACAUCGACAACAUGGCGGGCGUGUUCUACAUGCUGCUGGUGGCCAUGGGCCUGAGCCUGCUGGUGUUCGCCUGGGAGCACCUGCUCUACUGGAAGCUGCGUCACUCCGUCCGCAAGUCCGAGCGCCUGGACUUCCUGCUCGCCAUCAGCAGGGGCAUCUACAGCUGCUUUAACGGGGUGGAGGAGUCGGACCGGUCCGGGAGCCUGCAGAGUCCGGACAUCACCGGGACCUACUCCCAGGCCAACAUGCUGAAGAUGCUCCAGACGGCCAAGGACCUGGUGUCCUCCACGCGCGUGGAGGACUCGCUGGACCACGCCACCCGGACCAUCGAGAGCUGGGGUCGCCGCGCGACGGCGCCAUCCGGGUGGGCGGCCCCCCCCCCGCGGGCGGUCGCCCUGGAGAUGGACCCGGGGCGCCUGCCCUACAUCGCCAGCGUCGCCGCGGGCAACCACUCCCCCUGCCCGCAGCGCGGCGGCCGUUACUAUGGCGACGGCCACGCCCACACCAUGCUGGACCGGCAGCGGGCGCUGGCCCAGCCCGCGCCCCUCCGCUACACCCUGCCCGCGCGCGGGACGCAGCUGUUCGACCGCACCCUGCCCAUCUCCAGCCUCAGCAGCCCCCACAUCGCCAUGCGGGACCCCCCCCCGGCGCCCGCCGCCAACCCCCUCCAGGGGGGGGCGCUGUACAUGGAGGCCCCGCCGCGGCAGCCCGUCUCCUCCCCCUUCCCCUCGUACCGGGACGUCCCGCUGUCCGAGGUGUACAUCGAGCGCGAGGCGCCCGCGGGGCGGCGCCUGUACCCCGACGGUCCGGCCCGGAAGAAGCGCUCCCACAGCUUCCUGGUCCCGGACGCCGGGGGCCGGCCCGAGUACGGCGGGGCGGCCACCUGCUUCGCCGAGCUGAGGGCCAACCACCUGCUGGAGAACCACCACCAGCAGCACCACCACCACCACCAGGCCCCCGCGGGCGUGCCCUGCACGGGCAGCACCUACCCCCGCGGCCCGGGCGCCCGGUGCGGCUCCUGCGUGCGACCGUACCCGGACGCCGAGCUGGAGGAGCUCCCCCUGCUGGGCAAGGACCGGCUCAACCGCCGGGCGUCCUUCCUGCGGGCCACCUGGGGCGGGGACCGCAUCCGGCAGCUGGACGAGCCCCCGGGGGGGGCCGCCGCCUGCGCCCGGAGCUCCGCCCCCGACCCGCCGGACCUGUUCCCCCGCGUGGUGGUGGCCAACCCCUCCCCGGGCAAACUGUGCACCCGGGGCCCCGGCGCCGCCCUGUGCUGCCCCGAGAUGGCGGACCUGGGCUACGGGGGCCCCGCCCGGAGCGGCCGUCACCGGGCCCACAAGCCCAAGUGCUCGGCGCCGACCCGGCUGCCCUCGUACCGCGAGGCGGUGCUGCAGAACACGGCCGCCAUGCGGCGCUCCUCCACCGUGGUGCACAGACAGUACUCCACCUACCUGAACUCCUACACCGACCUGCCCGUGUACGUGGGGCCCGCGCACUUCUACCCGCACCACGCCCGCGACGCCUGCGACCUCUUCCCCUGCGUGGGGCACUGCUCCUCCGACUCCGCCCUGCUGCCCCACCUGGGGGGCCGGCAGCUGGUGUACCAGGACGGCGCUUUCGGGGCGUAUGACGGGGCGGGGCGGCUGAGGGACGAGGCCCCCGUGACCCCCGGCGGGGGCAGGGACCGGAGGCAGGUGCUGGUGGCUCGGACUGUCAGCAGCCCCUACCUGCCCCGGCCCUGGGGCAGGAUCUCCAGCCUGGAGUCGGAGGUCUAGGCCUGGACUCACCUGUCGCUCGGAGGGGGAGGACUAACCCUGGAGCCUCAUCUGUAGC